AUGUCUUCAAUACCUGCCAGUUUAUGGCUGGCCGUUGGUGUAAUAUCGACAGCAUGUGUCAGUGCAUUGACCAUUUCGAUCCAAAGAGCAUACGAUCACAAGACGAGGAAUCGACAAACCGAAUCGGGACCCGAUCCUUCACCUCUUCAUUUUGAUCGCAAGCGAGAUUCGUCGGUGCCAUUCUCUGAUGUCGAUCGUGUGCCACGUCUUUGCUUUGAGACUGCUAUCAUUACGGCUAUUUCCAUAUACAACUUGUAUCUAUGCGUCCAAGCACUUUCAGAUAAUAGCAAUGGAUCGCAACAGCAGCAGCAGCAGGCGCUUUAUGAUGUAUUGGGAGCGGCAUUUGUACUGGCGGCAUGGGUGUAUGCAUUGGCUCUUGCAUUGACUUCACAACGAUAUCGAUUACCGAAUGAUUGGGGCUUUGUUAUCAAUGUGCACUUGUGCAUUGUUUAUUUUGCCUCUUGGUGUUACUGUGGAUGGGCUCUCUAUGACACGUGGCGUGCUAACCCAACAUGGUCCAAUGGAGUGCCAAAGUUGGUGUGCUUUUUGUUUACGUGUGAUCUCUUGUAUGUCACCGCAACCAUCAAACGUGGUGCUCCCUUCCUGGACGAGAACGAUCACAUCGUCAGCUCCGUCAACGUCUCAUCAGCAUUUGGAUUCUUAUUCUUCACUUGGAUUCGCCCAUUGGUCAAGCAUGCUUACAAGGUUCGCAAGUUGGAUGACAAUGAUUUGCCUACGUUGCCACCAAUUUAUCGUGGUUACAACUUGUUCUACAUCUUUGGUGAAUCACGUGGUCACAAGUUGCUUCGUCGGAUAUGGGAUGCCAAUCGUGUUGCAAUCAUCUUGCAGGUCGUCCUUGCCCUCAUCUCAUCAGUCCUUUACUAUGUACCACACUUUUACACCAACAGACUCUUGAAGCUUAUCCAGGAUAUGGGUGAAGGUCAUCGUCUCGAGAAUGGUGUUGAAGAAGGUUUCAUGAUCGUCAUUCAACAAGGCAUUUCCUUUGUCCUUCUUGGUCUCAACAUUGGUCAAUUAUGGUAUUGGGCAGCGUCGUCGCUUCAAGUUCGCUUAAAAGCUAUGCUCAACAUCGAGAUCUAUCACAAGACGCUGCGACGAUUGGAUUCUGCCAUUGCAUCUGGUGGACAAGAAAAGGAAGAUAACGGCAAAAAGGCAAGCGAAGAAGAAGAGACCAAGUCUGAGGAAGAUGAAGAUGUGACAUCCACCGGCCAAAUUGUCAACUUGAUGAGCACCGACUCUGAUCGUAUUUCCGAAUUCAGCACUUGGUGGUUCAACGCCAUUACUUGUCCUGCCGAGCUUGUCGUUGGUACCUACUUUUUGUAUACCAUCCUUGGUGUUUCUUGCUUUACCGGUUUGGGCGUCAUGGUUCUCGCAUUGCCUUUGAACCAUUACAAUGCUCAAUUGUUCGCCAAGACCCAAGAUCGCCUUAUGGAUGCUCGAGAUAAACGUGUGUCUCUCAUGAAUGAAGUGCUUCAAGGAAUCCGACAGAUCAAAUUCUUUGCUUCUGAGUCGAAUUGGGAAAAGCGUAUCAUGCAAUCAAGAGCCGUUGAAUUGGGUUACCUUCGCACAGCAUACAUUUCCGAAGCCUUGUUCCAGAUGGUGUGGCAGGGAUUACCCAUUCUUGUGACAGCAAUUGCUUUCUGGUCUUACACUAUGCUCGAAGGAAAUGAAUUGACAGCAUCCGUUGCUUUCACGAGUAUCAUUGUCUUUGAUGAAUUGCGAUUUUCGUUGAUUGCUUUGCCAGAUAUCUUUAUUGAUGGUUUACAAGCUUGGACUAGUGUUCGACGUAUUGAAAAGUAUCUUGGACAAGAGGAAAUUGAAGCACCUGCACCAUUGAAUGCCAACGAGCCUGUGAAGAUUGGAUUUGACAAUGCGACCGUAGCAUGGACAGCAUCAUUCAACAAUAACGAAGAAUCUCAAUCCUCAUCCUCAUCGCAAGAUACGUGUGCUGGCCCUGAUGGAUUCAUUUUGAAGGAUGUCAACCUCCAUUUCCCGAACGACAAGUUGAGUUUGAUUUGUGGCAAGACCGGCUCUGGAAAGAGUUUGCUUUUGUUGGGUCUCUUGGGUGAAGCUAUGGUGACCAAAGGCAAGGUACAUUGUCCUCGUGCUCCUAUCGCCACCACCGUCUCUGCCAACUUCCAUGUCCUUGAUGAUAUUCCUGAAGAAGAAUGGAUCUUGGAGCAUUCUUUGGCCUUCGUCGCGCAAACUGCUUGGUUACAAAAUGCAUCUAUCCGUGACAACAUCCUCUUUGGACUUCCCUAUGUGGAAAAGCGAUAUCAAGCAACGCUCUCUGCCUGUGCUCUUGAUAAGGAUCUUUCAAUCUUUGAGGAUGGUGAUAUGACUGAAAUUGGCGAGAAAGGCAUUACGCUUUCAGGUGGUCAAAAGGCACGUGUUGCUCUUGCCCGUGCUGUAUACUCUCGAGCCAAGAUUAUCUUGAUGGAUGAUGUUCUUAGUGCAGUUGAUGCUCAUACUGCCAAGCAUCUUUACCGCAAUUGCCUUAUGGGUCCCUUAAUGAAAGGCCGUACACGUGUCUUGGUUACUCAUCACGUCAAGCUUUGCCUUGGUGGUAGCGAUUAUCUUGUUCAUGUUGAUGCUGGCCGCACUGAUAUUGCUGGUGCACCUACUGAUCUUCGUCAAUCUGGUGCUCUUGCUUCUAUUCUUGAUGAAGACAAGGAAGAUGAGGACGACGUUAUCGAGGAUGAAGUUGAAGAAGUGGAUCCCCAACCUGUUGCAACGACCACAGAGACGAACAAAAAGCCUCCCAAGGCUCUCAUUGAGGAAGAACAUCGUGAAACUGGUAAAAUCAAGAUGCGCCUUUACAGCCUAUACUUCAAGGCAGGUGGUAGCUGGUUGUUUUGGAUCUUUGUUCUUCUUCUUGUUAUCGGCAACCGUACCUUGGAGAUUGGAGAAUCAUGGUGGAUUAAGCAAUGGACUAGUACCGAGAACGAAUCAAACACCAACAUGUUUGGCGCUGCAUCCAUCAUGUAUGAUACUUCAGAGAGAUCGCUUCCCAAUUAUACGCCUAUGAUUCACCAUUCGGAUGAUGAUAUUGUGCAAGCCUCGACAUUGAAGGGUCACAGCGUCAUGUAUUAUUUGGGUAUCUACGUAUUGAUCACAUUCAGCGGUGUCUUGGCAACCACGCUUCGAUUCAUUGCCGUCUUUGUUGGAGGUCUACGUGCCAGUCGCAAAAUGUAUGAUGAUCUUUUACGCCGCGUAUUCAGAGCUCCUUUGCGAUUCUUUGAUACAACUCCCAUUGGCCGUAUUUUGAAUCGUUUCUCUCGAGAUUUUGAAACCAUUGAUUCUCAAGUGCCUCACAAUAUGAUGAGCUUUGUGCACACCGCCAUCACUGUGGUGUCGACAGUCAUCUUGGUUGGCUUCGCUAUUCCUGUAUUCACUAUACCAAUGCUUACAAUUAUCGUCCUCUAUAUCGCUGUCGGUGCAAUGUUUGUUGUCACAUCACGUGAGCUCAAGCGCAUGGACUCUGUUUCCCGCUCUCCAUUGUUUAGCCAUUUCUCAGAGACCAUCGUUGGUGUCGCAACCAUCCGUGCCUUUGGUGUAACCCGACAAUUCAUGCAAGAGAUGCUCAAGCGUGUUGAUACCAAUGCUCGCCCAUACUAUUAUGUGUGGACCGCCAAUCGCUGGGUCAGCUUGCAAUUCUUUUUGCUUGGUGCAGUCAUUUCUAUUGGCACUGGUACUGCUAUCUUGCUCAACUUGGAUUACUUGGAUGCUGCCGCUGCAGGUUUUUGCUUAACAUUUGUCUUGGCUUUGCAUAACAAUAUGUUUUGGUGUAUCCGCCGCUAUACCAGUGUUGAGAUGAACUUCAACUCUGUUGAGCGUGUUGCUGAAUUUAUGGAAAUGGAUCAAGAGGCUCCUGCAGUAACGGAUGUGCGACCACCUUCACUGUGGCCAUCCGAGGGACGAGUUCAAGUUGAAGAUUUGGAAGUGCGUUAUGCGCCCGAUCUUGAUCCUGUUCUUAAGGGUAUCUCGUUCAACGUCAAUCCAAGAGAAAAGGUUGGUGUCGUUGGCCGCACUGGCAGUGGCAAGUCGACUUUGGCAUUGUCAUUCUUCCGCUUCGUGGAGGCUUCACGUGGUAGUAUUGUGAUCGAUGGCAUUGAUAUCAAGGAUAUUGGCACUGAAGAUUUGCGUGGCAACUUGACCAUCAUUCCACAAGAUCCAACUUUGUUCUCGGGUACAUUGCGCACUAACAUGGAUCCAUUUAAUCAAUUCAGCGACGAUGACAUCUUUACAGCCUUGAGACGAGUCCAUCUUUUACCAUCAGCAGACAGCUUGGAAGCAGACGAACUUGAAGACGUCAAUGCUAAUGUUUUCCGUGACCUGGAGACCUCCGUUAGUGAAGGUGGCAAGAACUUUUCUCAAGGUCAACGUCAACUACUUUGCCUUGCUCGUGCCUUGUUGCGCCGUAGCCAUUUAGUUUUGAUGGAUGAAGCAACUGCAAGUGUGGAUUUCCAAACCGAUAAGGCUAUUCAAAAGACUAUCACCACCGAAUUUGCAGACUGCAGCAUUCUUUGUAUUGCCCAUCGCUUGCAUACCGUUAUCGAAUAUGACCGCAUCUUAGUUUUGGAUCAAGGAAAGAUUGUUGAAUACGCUAGCCCCCUUGAACUUAUCAGCAAUUCUGAAUCUGUGUUCCAUCAAAUGUGUCGCAAAUCGGGCGAAUUCGAUAGUCUUUUGGCACUUGCCAAGAACAAACAUCAACUUGUAGACGUGUAA